AUGGCGCUGUUUUCAGCAGCAGCAAAAGGAGACGUCCUGAAGAUACAAUCAUUAAUCGACUCAGAAGACAAGUUAGAGGAUUCGAAAGGAUUUGAUGUAAACUGCUCGGAUGCGUCCGGCAAGACGGCCCUUCACAUUGCUUCGGAAAACGGACAUUUGGAAACGGUUAAAUGGCUUACCAAUCUUGGAGCAAAAGUGAAUGUGGUCGAUGCUUACCUACAGACAUCGGUUCACUUAUGCUCAAAGAAAGGCCAUGUUCAUGUGGUGGAGCUGUUAGUGAACCAAGGAGCAGAUAUCGAUGUUGGUGACAAAGAUGGGUUUACAGCUCUUCACGUAGCAUCAUUCAAGGGUCAUCUUGAUAUUGUCAAAUACCUUGUUAACAAAGGGGCACAACUUGACAAAUGUGACAAAAACGGCAGGACACCCCUGUCUUGUGCUUCCACAGAAGGCGAUCUUGAAGUCGUCCAGUAUAUCGUGGACAAAGGAGCAAGCAUUGAAAUUGGUGAUACAGAGGAAGUUAAAGCUCUUCACAUAGCUUCACUCAAGGGUCAUCUUGAUAUUGUCAAAUAUCUUGUAAGUAAAGGGGCAGACCUGGGGAGACUUGCUAGUAAUUACUGGACACCUCUUCACUUUGCAUUAGACGGUGGCCAUAUUGACAUUGCAGAGUAUCUUUUGACAGAAGGAUCCAACAUUAACACGUGUGGUAAAGGUGGAUGUACAGCUCUACAUACUGCAUCACAAACUGGUAAUAUUGAUGUAGUGAAAUAUCUAACCAGACGAGGAGCAGAGCUGGAUAGGAGCACUGACGAUGGUUGGACCGCACUUAGUUUGGCUUCAUUUAGGGGACACCUCGACAUUGUCAAAGUUCUCGUUAACGAAGGGGUAGAGGUUGACAAAGCACUCAGGAGUCGGAUGACACCCUUGUGUCUUGCAACAGAAGGAGGCCAUUUGGGUAUUGUCGAGGUCUUGCUGAACGUAGGAGCAAAUAUUGAUAACUGUAAUCGAGAUGGGUUUACAGCUCUUCACAUAGCAUCAUUCGAGGGUCAUUUUGAUAUUGUCAAAUACCUUGUUAGCAAAGGGGCAGAGCUGGAGAGACUUGCUAAUGAUUACUGGACACCUCUACACCUUGCUUUAGACGGUGGCCAUCUUGACAUUGCAGAGUACCUUUUGACAGAAGGAGCCAGCAUUAACACGUGUGGUACAGGUGGUUGUACAGCUCUACAUACUGCUUCACAAACUGGUAAUAUUGAUGGAGUGAAAUAUCUAACCAGUCAAGGAGCAGAGCUGGAUAGGAGCACUGACGUUGGUUGGACCGCACUUAGUUUGGCUUCAUUCGGGGGACACCUCGACAUUGUCAAAGUUCUCGUUAACAAAGGGGUAGAGGUUGACAAAGCACUCAGGAGUGGGAUGACACCCUUGUGUCUUGCAACAGAAGGAGGCCAUUUGGGUAUUGUCGAGGUCUUGCUGAACGUAGGAGCAAAUAUUGAUAACUGUAAUCGAGACGGGUUAACAGCACUCCACAUUGCAUCGUCCAAUGGACGCGUUCGAAUAGUUCACCAUCUUGUUAAUAAAGGGGCAGACCUGAGGAGACUUUCUAACGAUAAAUGGACACCUUCAGGGCUUGCUUUUAAUGGCUGCCAUCUGGAUAUCUAUAAAUAUCUUUUGGAUAGAGAAGCAGCAAGGAUCGUUAAGCCAUCCAUUUGGUUUAAAGAGGACCACUUGAACUACCCUCGCAGUACUUCUGGUGGUAAGGCUUUCCCUAGCUAUAUGCCCCCAAACUCCCGAACGUGCGAUCCAUACCUUAUCAGUCCACAAGACAGCUCUAGCUCCCCGAGGAAGAGUAUCACAGAAGAGACAAAGAUUAUAAGUCUCGACGAGUACAGCAUCAAGGUUUCACUUUCACCAGACGAUGUGGACAAAGCCACAUAUAUCACAGCAGAAGCGUUGACAACCAUUCCACCUGACUUAAACCUGGAAAAAGACGAAGUUAUCAUCUCAGUUGGGCUCAAGCUAUCCCCUCCUGGUCUUCAGUUUAAAACUCCGGUGGAAGUCACGAUCUCGCAUAGCGCUAUUUUCACUAACCCAGACAAGGCAGACAUUGUGCUAUACACCCGAAGGACUGAGUCUGAUGAAUUUUCAAGGAUAAUUCCUGCUUCUGACAAAGCUGCUCGGUGUGUAGUCGCAAAGAAUUACCUUACUCUGUACUUAGACCAUUUCUCGGAAUGGUGGAUUAUCUCCUUAAUCAAGAGAUACUUCAUCGGUAAACGGCUCAUCUGUACGCCAUACGUUCCCCUGUCAACAUCCAGAGACGGCAUGAACCCCAUCUUGCUCGUCAUUAAAGACGACUGCUACGGCAUGAAAGGGGUAGUUCUGUAA